GAAAGAGAGUGUCAGCUGGCCCCCCAAGGCUCCAUGAUGGGCUGCUGUUCCCUUCUGUCCUGGGGGAUGCUGUGACUCCCCGGUGCCCAUCAGCCCCAGGGCUGGUGGAGGGGACCUGUGGGCACUUUCUCCAUCUCGCUAGGUUCUGUAGGAAUGGCCCGGGGAAGGGCCACUGACCGAUCCCAGUAACCAGCAACGAGCAGCUACAAACUGCCAAACCCUGUGGCCUCCGGCCCGCCGCACAGUCCCUGUUUUGUGCUCACAACCUGAGCCCAGCAGACAAACAGCUGCUCCUUGGAGGACCGCUUUGAAACAGGGAACGAUUGUGCCAUGGAGCCCUUGGCACUGUCACUGUGCCAGCCUGCGGGGAAGAUGAAUGGCUGGGUUUCUCAUACGCUCUGCCUGUCCGUCAUCCUGGUGUCUCUGUUGAACAGUGUCCUUGCUUGGAGUAGUCAGGAUCUCCAUUGUGGAGCUUGUCGGGCCCUGGUGGACGAGCUGGAGUGGGAGAUCUCCCAGGUGGAUCCCAAGAAAACCAUCCAGAUGGGGUCGUUCCGUAUCAACCCAGACGGCAGCCAGUCGGUUGUGGAGGUGCCCUACGCCAGAUCCGAAGCUCACCUGACGGAGCUGCUGGAGCGGGUCUGUGAGAAGAUGAAAGAGUAUGGGGAGAAGGUGGAUCCCUCCACCCACCGGAAAAGCUACGUCCGCGUGAUCUCCCAUGACGGGACCAAGAUGGACCUUUCUGAGACCAAAAUGGACGGGGACGUGACGUCCCGCCUGAAGUUUGCGUGCGAGAGCAUCGCCGAGGAGUAUGAAGAUGAGCUCAUUGAAUUCUUCUCCCAUGAGACCGUCAACGUCAAGGAUCGGCUCUGCAGCAAACGGACCGCCUCCCGUUUUAUGCUGGUUCUCGGAAUCAGUGAGUUCAUUAAACAGCCAAAACAAGAAGCAUGCCACUGAGCUGCGGUGACUGCUGAAAGCUGUGGGGCUUGCAGAUCUGUGUGACCAUGCCCUGAACAUCCCCCACGAUGAGCUGUGAAGUGCGAAGGCCCGGAUCAAACUGGACAUCCCCUGCAGUGGACUCCUCCCCUACCUGCCGGCAUUGCCCUGGGAACCUUGCUGGGUGUCCCCUGGAAACCCCAAACUAUGCCUGGGGAGGAAAGCAGGACAGAAACUUCCUUCAGAGGGAAAGACGUUGUCCUUCUCCUGCCCCUUGGGAUCGCUUGACUUCCCAUCUGCUUUUAGGCUGUCGAUGUUUCCUCCCUCAUCCCUUCCCCGAGGAGAUGGACAGAUGUGCCUGUAGAGUCCUGAGUCUGGAUUUGACCCCUCCUCCCCCCGCCCACCUACUCUGGUGCUUUUACGUCUUAUUUAUUUUGGUUGUCUUGGGGUGGGAGUGUCAGCUGAUGGGAAGAGGAAAGGGGACCAGGAACCGGGUUCUGCUCCAGCUCUGAGAGGAGAUGCUCUCUGGGGGGCAGAGCCAGGCAUGGGCAUCAGGACUUUGAGCUGUAGAAGGGCUGGUGGAGUGAGACCUCCCGGGUUUUAUUCUGAGCAGCAGUGUGUUCUAGGGGCUACAGUGCUAGAGCUGGAGUCAGGACUCUGGUUCUGGUCUGGCUCUGCCACUGUCUCACCGUGACCUUGGGCAACUCACUUCUCUGUGGCUGUUCUGAAGGGCCCAGGGGAAGGGGACCGCACAGAGACUUCUCCACCGUCAUCCGUCCAAAGGGGACACUUCCAGCCACCAGCAGCAGGAGCAAUGAGUAUUGAGCUCAAAUGACAGCCGGCGAAGACACGGCCGAGUCGGCGCUCUGCUAGCAGCCUCUGCACACGCAGGGUGGAGGGAUCCAGUUUUCCAAGGGGAGUCGUGCUACUUUGAAGGGCUUGUUUUUAAAUGUCUCAGGUCUGUUUCCUGAGGACUUCUUUCUAGGGUGCAGAUUGUUGUGGUCUCCGUCAGAGGGCAGUAGAAUAAACCUCUGGCCACACUGCAGUUGAAACUGCU